ACUAGAGGUCUAUAACAUUCAAUUUUCGUUUUGAGAGAGAAGAGAAAUGGACGCCCUUGACAACGUCGUAGAUCCUUUGAGAGACUUCGCCAAGGACAGCGUCCGCCUCGUCAAGCGUUGCCACAAGCCCGAUCGUAAAGAGUUCACGAAGGUGGCGUUCCGUACAGCGAUUGGUUUUGUAGUGAUGGGAUUCGUCGGAUUCUUCGUUAAGCUCAUCUUUAUUCCUAUCAACAACAUCAUCGUCGGCUCCGCUUAAGGACAUUGCUUCUGAGAUCCAGCUGGUGUUUUCUUUGGGGGGGGGGCAGUUGGAUAAGUUCCAAAUUCUGAUCAAAGAAAAAUGUUACAGUGCAGCUCUUCCCUCGUCAUUUUACAUUUCAUUAGUUGAGCCAUUUUAAACCAGAA